CCAAGAGAUUGCCCUUGUGUAGCCCAGCUCAGUGGAAGAAAGUUGAGCUUCCUCGUAGCCAAUCAUUGGAGGUUCACUGGGGGUGGGAAGGUUGCAAAAGAGUGAAGUAAGAGCAUACUUGGAUGUCAUCCAGGAAAGCAGUGCAGUUCUAUGAGUUCUACACAUAAAAGCCUCAAAACAACGGGUCAGGGAAGGGGGAAAGAGGGCAAGUGAGGGCGAGUCAUCUGGGCUGGAUGGCUCUGGCCUAUGGACUUGUCUUACUCUGAGGCCAUUGCUCUCUGCUCCCUGCUGCAACCUCCACCCUCUUAAGUCUCCAUCCCAAUGGCUUGGCAUGAGGAACUUUAGCGAAAUUUUCUAUCAGUUCAUGAUGCCAGUGUUAUUCUCCUUAGGGCAUCUGAUGGUGGCUAGCAGCCAUGUGGGCAGAGCUUACCAUUCCCCCACCCCCAGCCCCAGGCAAUGGCAGCGCUCUUCCAAAGGUGUCAGUUUACUCCUAUUUAUUUAGCCCUUGGCUAGAGAGAGUAGAAAGAUGAUCAGAUAGUGCCCAUCUCUUCAAGAGUGCCCCAGGCAACACAUUUUAGGUGGGAGAGGCCCUGUGGCAAGGAAGGCAGCAGAAUCCAGGGAAUACAAGGGAUGCAAUGCCAUUUUGGGUCGGGGAAGCCGAGAGGUAGUGGACCUUCCUCGUCCAGUUUGGGCCUCUAAUUGCCAGCUCAAAACACUGCAUUCCCCUGUAGGGACUUUGUGUUUGUGUUUUUGUCCUUGGGAACCUUGCAUUUCUGAUGUGAAUCUUUGUUUCUGGGUUGGAGCUUGACAUUCUCCUUGGGCCCAUUUUUUAUUUCAAAGCUGGGAAAGCUGCUGAGACCUACCUCCAUCACCUUUGCCUCUCUACCCCACACAGGCUGUAAGCACAUGAUCUUUGGUCUUUUAUUUGCAUACUGUAUUAGUCUUGCCUUCAUUGGAGGGAAGUGACUGGUCAGACCUGGGUUGUGUUGCUGGCUGCCUUCCUUGUUGGGCUCCAACUUGCUUCCUAUAUACACAGCCCUUGGAGUUCAGAGGCCCCUCCUGACCUCUGCCCAACCUCUCGCUUUCUGCACCCAAGCCCCUUCUAGUACAUACAGGAGCAGAGACAGGCUAGGACCAGAGGAAAGGGAAGAGGGGACUGAAGACAGACUUUGAGAGGGCUCAGAAACCCAGCGUACCCCCCGUCCCAGCCCUGUCCACCUGCUGCUGUGGCCACAGCAGUACGAUAGUAAGACAGGAAGUAAGGCCAGGUACCUUGUGGGCAGUGAUGUCAUUAGCUGCUACUCCUAAGAUGUCUCCAGAGAUGGGCGAGCUCACCCAAACCAGGUUACAGAAGAUCUGGAUUCCACACAGCAGCGGCAGCAGCAGGCUGCAACGGAGAAGGGGCUCAUCCAUACCGCAGUUUACCAAUUCCCCCACGAUGGUGAUCAUGGUGGGUUUACCAGCUCGAGGCAAGACCUAUAUCUCCACGAAGCUCACACGAUAUCUCAACUGGAUAGGAACACCAACUAAAGACAACAUGGAGGCCCUGCAAAUCAGGAAGCAGUGCGCCCUGGCAGCCCUGAAGGAUGUUCACAACUAUCUCAGCCAUGAGGAAGGUCAUGUUGCGGUUUUUGAUGCCACCAACACUACCAGAGAACGAAGGUCACUGAUCCUGCAGUUUGCAAAAGAACAUGGUUACAAGGUAUUUUUCAUUGAGUCCAUUUGUAAUGACCCUGGCGUAAUUGCAGAAAACAUCAGGCAAGUGAAACUUGGCAGCCCUGAUUAUGUAGACUGUGACCGGGAAAAGGUUCUGGAAGACUUUCUAAAGAGAAUUGAGUGCUAUGAGGUCAACUACCAACCCUUGGAUGAGGAACUGGACAGCCACCUGUCAUACAUCAAGAUCUUCGACGUGGGCACACGCUACAUGGUGAACCGAGUGCAGGAUCACAUCCAGAGCCGCACCGUCUACUACCUCAUGAACAUCCACGUCACACCUCGUUCCAUCUACCUAUGCCGGCAUGGUGAGAGUGAACUCAACCUCAGAGGCCGCAUCGGAGGUGACUCUGGCCUCUCAGUUCGCGGCAAGCAGCAGGUGACUGUCAGCACAGAGAGCUGCCCUGAGGGACCCACCCUUGAAUCACUCUUCUCCCCAACUCUGCACUCCCCACCUCACCCCAACACAGGUGUCACACUGGCAGCCCCUGUCCCCACCUAUAACUGUGUCCUUCUUGCCCUCCCCACUCCCAAGGCCCAGCACCGGCUCCAUGGUGUGGUCCAGGAAGCCCUCCCCAUCCUCUCCUCCCUCCCAGGCAGGUUGCCAUGCCCUGGGCUCCCGCUCUCCCAGUUCUGGCCCAUGUGUGGCUCUACUGGCCUGAGUCUCUUCUCCCCAGCCCAGGACAGUGACCUGCACGUUCUGGGUGCUGGCUGAAUAAAGAGAUCCAUUUCCACAGCA